AUGUCCAUCGCCAAGACGGUCCUGCACAAGUUUGUUGGCUACCUGGAGAUGCGAGCCUCGGAGCUGAUCUGGAAACCUCGAUGCUCCGAGACGAUCGCAUGGGAACAGACCCAGGGCAUCUCUGCCAAGGACAAGACAUCCAACGACGGUCCUUCUGUCGCCAUGGCCGCCCCUGCUGCCGGUGACCCCACUCGCGUCCGCGCCCAUGCCUUGGGCGCUCCCGCAAGCGGUCGUCGAGCGCUUGCAGUUUUUAACAAACGCGAGGUGUGCGCCGACGACAGGUAA